AUGUUAUCUAACGAACGUCAUCGACAACAUCAAUCAUUAUUACAAGCACCAAAGAUUCCCAAUAUGUUUAAAAAGUCGACUUCAGGUACUUUAUCACCCGAAACAACGACAACAACUUCAAGCGGUUAUUCAACAGGUGGCUCUUCUGUAUCGAAUACUCAAGAUCCAUGUAUGAAAAAAUCAUCAUCCAUUGCCCAUAAGCAAUAUUCUCAUCAAGAGCAGCAUAAGACAAAAUCAAAGGGUCUUCAUAAUCUUUUAACUAAACUUAAAAGUCUUCUUCUACCAACAAGAACUAAACAACAGAUACAUUCAAGAACAAUGAGAUCAACAACUUCAAGGCAAAUAUCAUCUGCAAAUAUACUUCGUCAAUAUCAUCAAUAUACAACAAUAUAUGAUGUAUUACCAUCAUCAAUAACAACAAGUAAUACUAUUUCAUUACCAUUUACAUAUUAUAAUGAUUCACCAAUAAGACAAUCAAAAGGUAAUUUUGAAAAAAUUUCUGCAUGGCUUAAUGAUACUGAAAAAAUGAUAAAAAAUAAACAACAUAAAAAUGAUAUCUUAUUUAUUGACCCAAGUCAACAAAAAACAACAUUGUCAUCUAUGAUUAAAAAUGAUGAUCAAGUGAAAAAAAACACUUGA